UUCUUCAUCUCCAACUUCACUUCAUCUUCAUCUUUAUCUUCAUCACCAUAAAACAAUGGCAAGCUUGGCGCGUGUGAAAGAGGCCGUGGUUGUCGCGCCCUCCGAGCCAACCCCUUCUUGCGUUCUCAGCCUCUCCGCCGUCGACUCACAGCUCUUCCUUCGCUUCACUAUAGAGUACCUCCUAGUCUACCCUACCCGCCAAAACACCAACCAGGCUCUAACCGCUACAAGUGUCAAGGCCGCACUGGCCAAAGCCCUCGUCCCGUACUACCCGCUGGCCGGUCGGGUCAGGCCCAAGCCCGACGGCUCGAGCCUCGAGGUGGUGUGUCGGGCGCAGGGCGCGGUGUUCAUCGAGGCGGUUUCCGACCGCGCUGUCUCGGAGUUCCAACAUGCCCCACGCUACGUAACCCAGUGGAGAAAGCUCUUGUCGCUCCACGUGGCAGACGUCCUCAAGGGGGCCCCGCCGGUCGUGGUUCAGCUGACGUGGCUGAAGGACGGGGGAGCCGCACUGGGAGUGGGGUUCAACCACUGUGUCUGCGACGGAAUCGGAAGCGCCGAGUUUCUCAACUACUUCGCUGAGCUGGCCGCCGGAAAACACGGACUCGGCGAGUUCCGACCAAAGCCCGUCUGGGAUCGCCACCUCAUGGACCCUAAAAACGUAACUCCACGUCAGCAAAACCUCCCCGUGUUCAACAAAGUCCCGGACCUCUGCGGCUUCAUGAAUCGCUUCACAAACGAAAGACUAUGUCCGACCUCUGUUGUCUUCAACAAAACAUACGUAACCGAGUUAAAGAAUCUAGCUCGGUCGACGAGUCGACUCAGUAGCGAGUCAGGUUUCACAUCUUUCGAGGCACUUUCCGGUCACGUAUGGAGGAGCUGGGCGAGAGCGUUGAACUUACCGUCCAACCAAAUUUUAAAGCUGCUGUUCAGCGUCAACGUACGUCAGCGAGUCAAGCCGAGUCUUCCGGGGGGUUACUACGGCAAUGCGUUCGUCUUGGGAUGCGCGCAGAGCAGCGUGAAGGACUUGACGGAGAAGAGGCUGGGGUACGCGGCGGGGCUGGUGCGACGCGCCAAGGAGCGAGUGGGGGAGGAGUACGUGAGGGGGGUGGUGCAGUCGGUGAGCGGCGAGACGAAGGCGAGUCCGGACUCGGUGGGGGUGCUGAUAGUGUCGCAGUGGUCAAGGUUGGGCCUGGAGAGGGUUGACUUCGGGAUGGGCAGGCCCGUCCACGUGGGGCCCAUUUGCAGCGAUAGGUACUGCUUGUUUCUGCCGGUGAAUGACGACGACGACGACGACGGUGGUAAAAAUGGCGGUCAGGGGGAAUCUGUGAAGGUGAUGGUGGCUGUCCCCACCAGUGCAGUUGACAAAUACGAGUUGUUAGUCAACAGUCCUUACUCGUGAGUGUUUCGGAGUAUUGGGAACCGGGAUAAGAAUAUCCUGGAGUUGGAGUUUCAGCACAAAUCAUCGAGAUUUUCUGCUUCUCAUGAUCUCAUUCUCACACUCUAGAUGACUUUGUAUAUACAGAUUUUCUUAGUUUCUGACUUUCUUAACCCUAAAAUUGGAUCCCUGUUUUUUCAUCAAUGAGGACCAUGAACUGUAUUCUGCGGACUAUAUAUGCUACUAGACUAUACUAUAUGCUUAUAGUAGAGGAAUUUCUGUAUUUUGGGGACACACAUGUCGGUCCUUCCUACUGAUGAAAGAAAAGUUGGUCCUUAAUAUUUUGAGAAGAUGGGUUUCAUUUCGAAAACUAAACUACUGGCACAGAAACUUCCAGUUCAUUCAUUUUAAAGACUACUAUAUAGUUUGUUAUGUUUAAUUUUUUGUUAGAGAUGUACGUUAUUUUUGUUCUGAGACCGAUGUACUUUGCUGGACAUUUUAAUUAGAGAAAAUUGUGAAAUUAUUAAAAUAUUUGCAUGUAAAAAAUUGACAUAUG